AUGUUCCAUAUUCCGGUUAUUGGAAUCGUGUUCAAGUUAUGCUCUCCUGACGUACCUGCUAUCUGGAACACGGUCUACGAUAUAUCAGAAAAGAUUGAAGUUGUAGCUUUCUUUCUCCAAGAGAUUAUUAUCUCCAGUCUCUAUGUUUUUGAGACGAGGAAAAUGCUAAGACCCCAAGAGUCCAUCAAAGCAGAACAAUCUCGCCGCGUACUCAAACAUUUAAUCUACGUCAAUAUCCUGCUUAUUGUGUUGGAUAUUGUCAUGAUAGCUACCGAAUUUAACGAUUGGUGGCACGUACAAACUUCGCUCAAAUGUGCCACGUAUAGCCUGAAACUGAGGCUGGAGUUCUUUAUUCUUAAUCAACUAAAGGAACUUGUUGCGCCCCCACGGCAACGUAGCACGCUGAGCUUUUUGGUCCCGCAGAGUAUUACCAACAGCAAGACUGAAAGCACAACAGAAGGCACAACAGAAGGCACAACAGAAGGCACAACAGAAGGCACAACAGAAGGCACAACAGAAGGCAAUCUUUCAUCCAAGUGUCGAUGA